AUGCAUUGUCCAAUCUUUAUAGAUGUUCCAGAUGCGCCAGGAAAACCUGUACCAACCCAGAUCAGUGGUACACAGAUCAAACUGACCUGGACUGAACCUGAAUUUGAUGGUGAUUCUGAGAUUUUCAAUUAUGUCAUUGAGCGUAAAGAAAUUAGCUCAUCUAGGUGGAUGAAAGCAACACGAGAGUCAGUUGCUGAUUUAACGUGUACUGUUAAUAGUCUAACUGAAGGAACUGACUACGAGUUCAGAGUUGCUGCUGAGAAUAAAGCAGGUGUUGGUGCUCCAAGCAAACCAUCUGAUGUUGUCAGAGCUAAACCACCAUAUGAUGUACCUGGUCCACCAAGUACUCCAGAUAUCAGCAAGGUUGACAGUACCCAGAUGACCUUAACCUGGACAGCACCUGAAUCUGAUGGUGGCUCACCAAUAACUGCAUACAUUAUUGAAAGAUGUGAUAUCAGCAGAAAACGAUGGAUGAGAGCAAACAAAGAUGGUGUCACUGACACCACAUUUACUGUUACUGACCUUAUGGAAGGCAAUGAAUAUCAGUUCAGGGUUUACGCUGAGAAUGCUGCUGGUGCUGGACCACCUUGUGAGCCAACAAAACCAAGAAAAGCUAAACCACCUUAUGAUGAACCAGAUGCACCUGGAAAACCAAAGGUUGUGGACUCUACCAAGUCAUCCAUCACAAUCACAUGGACUGAACCAGAGAAUGAUGGUGGUUCUCCUAUCACUGGAUACUACAUUGAGAAGUGUGAAACCAAGCAUGAUCGAUGGAUGAAAGUUUCCAAAUUAGCUGUCAGUGAAAUGACGUAUACAGUGCCUGGCCUUAUCGAAAAUAGUCAAUACAUAUUUAGAGUGUCAGCAGAAAAUAAAGCUGGUAUCAGUAAACCAAGCGAGCCAUCAGAUCCUACUUUGGCCAAAUUACCAUAUGAUGUGCCAAGUGCGCCAGGAAAACCAGAUAUUACCAAAGUAGACACCACAGAAAUGACAUUAACAUGGGCUGAACCAGAUACAGAUGGCGGUAGUCCAAUUGUUGGAUACUUGAUUGAAAAGAAGGAGAAAUUCAGUAGCCGAUGGACGAGAGUGAAAGAAUCUUUAGUUACCGAAACAACAUACACUGUAGCAGACUUAAAAACUGGAUCAGAAUAUCAAUUCCGAGUUGCUGCUGAGAAUAGGGCUGGUGCUGGUAAACCCAGUGAACCAUCAGAUCCUAGAAUUGCCAAGCCACCAUAUGAUGUACCAGCUCCUCCUGGUAAGCCAUCCGCUACGGAUAUCCAAGCUACUAAAAUGACACUGACUUGGGCACCACCAGAAGAUGAUGGCGGUUCCAAAAUCAUUGGAUACGUUGUUGAAAAAUGUGAUGUCAAGCACAGAAGAUGGUCUAGAGCUCACAAGGAAGAACUUGUGACCGAUACAUCUGUAACAGUCUAUGAAUUGAAUGAAGGCUCAGAAUAUAUCUUCCGAGUAUCUGCCGAGAAUGCUGCUGGUGUUGGUAAACCGAGCCAACCAUCAGAUGUCAUCAAAGCAAGACCACCCUACAAUGUUCCAAGCGCACCUGGUAAACCUGAGGUUAUUGACACCACACUGACAUCAGUGACCCUAACAUGGACACCACCAGAGGAUGAUGGCGGUGCUCCUUUAGAAGGAUACGUCAUUGAAAGAUGUGAUGUUGGUAGAGACAGAUGGAUAACUGCUAACAAAGAAACAUGCUUAGAAUUGGAAUAUACAGUAACAGGUCUGUUUGAAGGCAAUGAGUAUCUAUUCCGUGUCUGUGCUGAAAACCUUGCUGGUAUUGGUAAACCCAGUGAGCCAACUGGACCAACUAAAGCCAAGUUGCCAUAUGAUGCACCAGAUGCACCUGGAAAACCAGACAUCAGUGAGGUUACAGCAUCAUCUUUGACUCUAACCUGGACACCACCUGACCAUGAUGGUGGAAGCGACAUUACCAAAUACGUGGUUGAGAAGAAAGAGAAGUUUAGUACAAGAUGGGUAGCAAUUGGAAAAGUUUCUGAAACAACAUAUAAUGUGGAAGACCUCAUUGAAAGCAAUGAAUAUGAGUUCCGUGUUGCUGCUGAAAAUAAAGCAGGUGUUGGAAAACCAAGUAAACCAGCUGGUCCAGUUGUUGCCAAGCCACCAUACAAUGUACCAGAUGCACCUGGAACACCAGACGUAACAGCCACAUCUCCAACAGCAAUCAGCCUUAAAUGGGCAGAGCCAGCAUCUGAUGGUGGAAGUCCAAUCACUGGCUACUUCGUUGAACGCAAAGAUGCUUUCAGUACCAGUUGGGUACGUGUGAACCGUGAGAGAAUGUCAAAACUUGAACUGACUGUUGAGGAACUUGUCCAAGGUCAAGAAUAUGAAUUCAGAGUGUUUGCUGAGAAUAAAGCUGGCCUGAGUAAACCCAGUAGUACAUGCGGACCAGUGAAGGCCAAACAUCCAUUUGAUGUACCAGAUUCACCGGGUACUCCCAAAGUGUCCGACAUCAAUUCAACUCACAUGACACUUACCUGGACAGCACCAUUGAGUGAUGGAGGCAGUGAAAUAACUGGAUACUUUAUCGAAAAGAGAGAAGGUUAUAUGCCCAAGUGGAUUCGAGUAAACAACAUUACAGUCAGUGAGCUGACAUUCCAAGUUGACAACUUAACUGAAGGAAAUGAGUACACAUUCCAAGUUACAGCUGAAAAUAAAGCUGGACCUGGUAAACCAAGUGAACCAUCCAAACCUGAAAAGGCUCGACCACCCUAUGAUGUUGCAGGAGCACCUGGCAGACCAGUCGUUAGUGACAUCAAAUGCACAUCAAUGAAACUGACCUGGGAACCACCUACAUCUGAUGGCGGUAGCAAGAUCACAACUUAUAUUGUGGAAAAAAUGGAAGGAAUAAGUAGUCGAUGGAUACGAGUGAAUAAAAACGAAACCACUCUGGAAAAUGAAUAUGUUGUAACUGGUCUUUAUGAAAACUCAGACUACAAAUUCCGAAUUGCUGCUGAGAACAAAGCUGGUGUUAGCAAAUACAGUGAAUCAUCUGACUUGCAAAUGACAUAUGAUGUGCCUACAGCUCCUGGCAAACCUUCUGUGACUGAUGUGAACGCCACCUCAAUAUCCCUCACUUGGACUCCUCCAUCAACAGAUGGUGGAAGUCGAAUUACUGGCUACGUACUAGAACUGAAGGAAAAGACUUCCUCAACAUGGACAAAACUUGAUGCUGACAUUAAGACAACUUCACACACUGUUUCCGAUCUCAAAGAACAUGUAGAAUAUGAGUUCCGUGUCUCUGCUGAAAAUAAAGCAGGCACCAGUCCACCAAGUGCAACUGCUGGACCAACUGAAACCAAACCAAAGAUUUAUCCUCCUGGUUGCCCUGGCAUUCCUGAUGUUACGGCCUUUGACAGUACAGAAAUGACAUUGACUUGGACACCUCCUAAAGAAGAUGGUGGCAGUGAAAUCACUAGUUAUCAUGUUGAGAAAUGUGACACCAAACGAGGAAGAUGGGUCAAAGCAAACAAGAACAAUAUCAGUAAUACCACCUUCACAGUGCCAGAUCUCCUAGAAGGUACUGAGUAUCAGUUUAGAGUCGCUGCUGAAAAUGCUGCUGGUGUUGGUGAAUACAGUGAACCAUCAAAAACACAGAUUGCAAAACCACCAUAUGAUGUACCUGGCCCACCUGUUAAGCUUGAAAUCAUUGCUGUGGACAGUACGCAAAUGACAUUGACUUGGAGUCCACCUGAUAGUGACGGUGGGAGCCCCGUAAUCAACUAUGUUGUUGAAAAGAGAGAGCAGUUCUCAAGUCGAUGGAGCAAAUCUAGCAGAGAGACCAUAACAGAACUCAAAUACACGGUGAAAGAACUGGUGGAAGGAUCUCAGUACGAAUUUAGGGUUAUUGCAGAGAACAAAGCUGGUUUAGGUAAACCAAGUGAUGUGGCUGGUCCUAGAGUUGCUAAACCACCAUAUGAUCUUCCUGAUGCACCUGGUAAGCCAGAUGUCACAGACAUCACUGAAAAGACAAUGAAACUAACAUGGACACCACCUGAAUCGGAUGGUGGUAGUGAAAUAUUCAAUUAUGUAAUUGAAAAGAAAGAUAAAUUUGCAUCUCGCUGGACAAAGGUCAAUGACUACACUGUGUCAGAAACAACAUUUGUUGUUGAUGGCUUAAAGAAAGGCAAUGAAUAUGAGUUUAGAAUUUCAGCUGAGAAUAAGGCUGGUAUUGGUAAACCAAGUCCCCCAUCUGAUACUAGAAUUGCCAAACCACCAUAUGAUGUUCCAGGCCCACCUGGCACUCCAACCAUCAAAGACUCUAAACCAACAUCCUUGACUUUAACUUGGGAACCUCCAGAAGAUGAUGGUGGAGCUAAAGUUACCGGAUAUGUUAUUGAAAAGAAAGAAAAAUUUAGUGCCAGAUUUACCAAGACCGGGACAUCUACUGAAACAACAUUUACUGUUACUGACCUUACAGAAGGUGAUGACUAUGAGUUCCGUGCCUGUGCUGAGAACAAAGCUGGUGUUGGUAAGCCAAGUAACGUGGUCGCUUUGAAGAUCAGUCUUCCAGAUGCACCUGGAAGACCAGAUGUCAGCGAUGUUACUGAUGUUGAAGCCACUCUCACCUGGACACCUCCAGAUUCUGAUGGUGGUGCCAGAGUUACUGGUUACAUCAUUGAGAAAAGAGACACUGCGAAAGAUAGAUGGAUUAGAGUCACAAGAGCUACUAUCAAAGAAGAAACUUUCCGAGUAUCUGACUUGAUUAAAGAUACAGAGUAUGAGUUCAGAGUGUCAGCUGAGAAUAAAGUUGGAGUAGGUGAACCAAGUGAACCAUCUAAACCAGUCAUUGCUAAACUACCAUACGAUGUGCCUGGUGCUCCUAAGAACCCAGAAGUUAGUGACAUCACCAGUAAAUCAGCUCAGCUCACAUGGCAACCACCCAAUAGUGAUGGAGGUAGUGAAAUCACUGGCUAUAUCAUUGAACGUAAAGAUCAAUACAGUUCGCGAUGGGUUGCUGCUGGAAAGACAACAGAACUGACAUACCAAGUUACUGACUUGAAAGAAGGAAACCAGUAUGAGUUCAGAAUAGCUGCUGAAAACAAAGCUGGAAUUGGCAAACCAUGUUCCCCAACAUUACCUAUCACAGCCAAAGACCCCUAUGACGUACCUGGAGCCCCAGGAUCACCAGAAGCUACUAGUACAACUGAAACCUCAGUCACUUUGAAAUGGGAACCUCCACAGUCAGAUGGUGGAAGUGCUGUCCUUGGUUACUUCAUUGAAAGAAAAGAUAAGAACAAUAAAUGGAUACAAAUCAACAGAGUCUCUGAAACCACAUAUACUGUUACUAACUUGUAUGAUGGUGCAGAGUAUCAGUUCCGUGUUAGUGCUGAGAACAAGGCUGGUGCUGGUCCUCCGAGUCAAUCGUCUAAUGUACUACUAUAUGAUUUACCCAGUGCUCCUAAAACACCAGAGAUCACAGACGUUCAAGCCACAUCAAUGACUUUAAAUUGGUCACCACCUGAGAGUAAUGGAGGUUCUCCCAUCAUCAACUACAUAAUCGAGAUGAAGGACGAACACUCUAUCAAAUGGGUGAAAGCAAAUAAAUACAAAGUCUUGGAAACCACAUUCAAGGUGGAUAAACUGAAGCAAGGGAAUAAGUACCAAUUCCGCAUUGCUGCGGAGAACAAAGCUGGUGUUGGACCGGCAAGUGAACCAACAGAACCUAGAGUUGCAAAGCCACCUUAUGAUGUACCAGAUGCUCCUGGUAAACCAACAGUGAGUGAUGUUUCAUCUACUUCUAUGGUCCUCACAUGGGAGGAACCAGAAUCAGAUGGUGGAAGCAAGAUUACUGGAUACAUCAUUGAAAAGAAGGAGGAAUUCUCAACAAGAUGGGUUAAAGUGAACAGAGACACUGUACUUGAUCUUACAUUUAAAAUUACUGGACUUACAGAGAGCUCAGAUUAUCAGUUCCGAGUUGCUGCUGAGAACAAGGCUGGUGCUGGCAAAUACAGUGAACCAUCAGAUUCUAAAGUUGCCAAACCACCAUAUGAUGUUCCAGAUGCACCAGGAAAGCCGGACAUCUCUGAUGUUACCAGUACUACCAUGAACCUUACCUGGACUCCACCAGAUAAUGAUGGUGGAUCUGCUAUAACAGGAUAUAUCAUUGAAAUGAGAGUGAAGUUCUCCAGUAGAUGGAGCAAGGCUAACAAAUAUGCUGUCAGGGAAACCAACUUCAAAGUAACAGAUCUAAAAGAAGGCAGUGAUUAUGAGUUCCGUGUUGCUGCUGAAAAUAAAGCUGGUAUUGGCAAAUAUAGUGAACCAACUGAACCAAGAACUGCUAAACCACCAUAUGAUGUACCAAGUGCACCUGGCCAACCUGAUGUCAGUAAAGUGGACAAGACUCAUGCCACCCUAACAUGGACACCACCUGAAUCUGAUGGUGGCUCACCUAUCACUGGCUUUGUUAUCGAACGUUGUGAUGUGAGCAGACAGAGAUGGACCAAAGCACACAAAGAACGAGUCACAGAUACUACAUAUACUGUAACAGAUCUGAUUGAAGGCAAUCAAUAUCAAUUCCGUGUUAGUGCUGAGAACAAAGCUGGUGUUGGUCCUGCGAGUGAACCUUCUAAAUCCAUCACUGCUAAACCACCAUAUGAUGUGCCUGAUGCACCAAGCAAACCUAAAAUAUCAGAUAUAACAGAGACUGCAAUGACUCUCACAUGGACUCCACCGAAAAAUGAUGGAGGAAGUGAAAUCACAAAUUAUGUGCUUGAAAGAAAAGAUAAAUUUAGUACAAGAUGGACUAGAGCUACAAGAAACAACAUCCCAGAAGCCACCUAUAGAGUGAAUGACCUGGUACAAGGUUCAGAAUAUGAGUUCCGAGUUGCUGCUGAGAACAAAGCUGGUGUUGGGGCAUUCAGUGAACCAUCAGAUUCUAAAGUUGCCAAACCACCAUAUGAUGUACCGGGCCCACCAGGUAAACCAGUCAUAAGUGAUGUCACAUCAACAACUAUGAAGCUCACAUGGAGUGAGCCUGAAGACAAUGGUGGCAGUCCUGUCACUGGUUAUGUCAUUGAACGAAAAGACAAAUUUUCAUCCACCUGGUCUAAGGUCAAUAGAUACCCUGUCAAGGAAAUGUCUUACACUGUGACUGAUUUGAAGGAGGGGUCAGAAUAUGAAUUCCGUGUUGCUGCUGAGAACAAAGCUGGUGUUGGAAAACCAAGUGAAUCUACUGGACCUCAAGUUGCCAAACCACCAUAUGUAUUUAUUGCAACAUCUGUAGAUGUGCCUGAUGCUCCAAGCAGUCCAGAUAUAACUGCUGUUGAUUCUACAAAGAUGACUUUGAAAUGGACACCACCAAGUAAUGAUGGUGGUUCACCAAUAACUGGAUACAUCAUUGAAAAGAAAGACAAAUUUAGUGCCAGAUGGACCAGAGUAAAUAGAGAAUCAGUCUUGGAUACAGAAUACACAGUUACUCAAUUAACUGAAGGAUCUGAAUACCAAUUCCGAGUUGCCGCUGAGAACAAAGCUGGUGUUGGCAAAUACGGUGAACCAUCUGCAUCCCGAGUUGCUAAACCACCUUAUGCUGUACCUGAUGCUCCUAGUAAACCUAAAGUGUCAGAUGUGACUGAAUGCUCCAUGAAAAUCACAUGGUUAUCACCUGAUAAUGAUGGUGGUAGUGAAAUCUUUAACUAUGUCAUUGAGAAGAAGGAUCGCAUGGCAACCAGAUGGGUGAAAGCUAUGGAUAAAACAGUUUCAGAAACCACGUGUGUAAUUACAGGACUUAUCAAAGGAACCGAGUAUGAAUUCAAAAUUGCUGCCCAAAAUAAAGCUGGUGUUGGUAAAUUUGGCCCACCAUCAGACCCAGUUUUGGCCAAACCACCUUAUGAUGUACCAGGCCCACCAGGUACCCCUACUAUAUCAGAAUCAAAGCCCUCAUCAUUGACUCUAACAUGGUCGCCACCUGAGGAUGAUGGUGGUGCUGUUGUAACUGGCUACACAGUUGAACGAAAAGAGAAAUUCAGUUCUCGUUGGUCAUCUAUUGGUAAAUGCAUGGAAACAACAUUCCAAGUCAAGGAUUUGAUUGAGGGUAAUGACUAUGAGUUCCGCACAUGUGCUGAGAACAAAGCAGGUGUUGGUAAACCAAGCAAUGUGGUCGCUCUGAAGAUUAGUCCUCCAGAUGCACCUGGAAGACCAGAUGUCAGCGAGGUUACUGAUGUUGAAGCAACUCUCACCUGGACACCUCCAGAUUCUGACGGUGGAGCCAGAGUUACUGGUUACAUCGUUGAGAAGAGAGACACCACAAAAGAUAGAUGGGUUCGAGCCACACGUGUUACUAUUAAAGAAACAUCAUUCCGAGUAUCUGACUUAAUCAGAGACACAGAGUAUGAGUUCAGAGUGAGUGCAGAGAACAAAGCUGGAGUAAGCGAGCCAAGUCAACCCUCCAAACCAAUUGUUGCUAAACCUCCAUAUGAUGUACCUGGUCCUCCAUGUACACCAGAUGUCAGUAACGUGAGUAGCAGGUCAUUAACACUUACCUGGCAGCCACCAGAAUUUGAUGGCGGUAGUCAAAUCACUGGGUAUGUUGUGGAGCGUAAAGACCAGUACAGCUCAAGAUGGGUUUCAGCUGGCAAAACAACAGAGUUGAUAAUUGAAAUAACUGACCUCAGAGAAGGAAACAAGUAUGAAUUCAGGAUUUCUGCUGAGAACAAAGCUGGUUUUGGUCCACCAUGUGAACCAACCUCUCCAGUAGUCGCUAAAGAGCCUUAUGACAUCCCUGAUGCACCAGGUACUCCCAUCAUAUCUGAUAUCAAUGCAACAUCAGUGACACUUACUUGGAGCCCUCCACAUUCUGAUGGUGGAAGUCCAAUCGUUGGAUACCUUGUUGAACGAAAGGAGAAGACAAGCAGUAGAUGGACUAGAGCUACUAGAGACAGAGUGACAGACUUAACAUUGAUUGUGACAGGCCUCACUGAGGGAUCUGAAUACGAGUUCAGAGUAUCAGCAGAAAACAAAGCUGGGGUUGGUCCACCAAGUCUAGCUACUAGUCCUGUGAAAUGUAAACCUCCAUAUGAUGUUCCAGAUGCUCCUAGUCGCCCAACUGUGACAGAAACAAAUUCCACAUCUAUAACAAUUACUUGGACUCCACCUGAUAGUAACGGUGGCAGCCCAAUUACAGGCUAUGUGAUUGAAAAGAAAGAUCAGUAUGGUACAAGAUGGGAGAAAGCACACAGAACUAAAGUGGUUGAAACACUUUUCACUGUGGAAGGUCUGAAAGAAAAGAAUGAAUACACAUUUAGAGUUGCCGCUGAGAAUAAAGCCGGUGUUGGCAAAUUCAGUGAGCCUUCCAAACCAGCUAUUGCAAAACCACCAUAUGGUUAG